AUGAGUGGAUUCACAUUACCUAGUAUACUAAUAUUAAAUUUUAGAUUAAUGGUUAUUGAUAGCUAUGAACCCUUAUGUUGGUGGUAUUGAUUAUUGUAAUUCGCAGCAAAUAUUAUAUUUUGAUAACCCCAUAUUGGACAAUUUGGUAGUGCAUCGAAAAUUUACUCUUGUUCCUCAUUAUUAAGUUAUCAUAUCCCUAAAAUUUUGGAGGUACUAUUCUUAAAAUUAGUUUAGAAUCGAUACAUGGAAUAAUAAAAACUUUACCAUUUAUGCUAAUUAUGAAAAAAUAUACGAUCGAGCUUUCUAAUCACAAUUAGACAUUACAACUAAUUUAUGUUAAGAUAAUACAAUAAAUGAUGAAGAGGUUAAUAUUGAAGUAAGUUUCGAACAUUUUUAUCCGUCUCUAACUGUUGUUUUAAAAGGUGAAGGAAAUAGAUGGGGGAUUUCUAAUUUAAAAUUAGAAAUAGAUGAAUGCCCUUCUGGAUGUUAAGCAUGUAAUUCAAAUGGAUGUUUAGAUUAAAUUUAAGUUCCUAUAUUAACAGCAAGUUUAGGUCAAAGUUUUAGUUGUGGAGGUAUUUUUUAAUUAGCAAAUUAGGGGUUAAUUUUAUAGGUUCAACUUCAAGUAGUUAUAUGGAAACGAAUGUCAACUUAAAUCCUCAUAAUAAAAUUAGUUGUGCAAUAAAAUUUGUAUUAUAAAAUUGUAAUAGUCCAACUGUUACAUUAAAAAUAGAUGAUCAAAUUGUAACUACAACAUAAAAAUUAUCAUCUGUAAUAGAUACUAUUCCAUAAUACUGCUUUUUAAUAUAAAAUUUAGAUUUAAGACUAAAUGAAAUGGCUCACUCAAAUCCUACAAUUAAGAUCCGUAUAGAUUUUGUUUUUUCACAAACUUCACCAACAGUAACAGGACCACGUUUUGGAGUUGAAGACUUUUUAUUGUUUACUAAUUAAAAGAUUAUAAAGAUUAUUGAAGAAUCUAAUUAAUAACCCUAUGAAGGUUGUUUAUUAGAUAUACUUCAAUAUGUUGAAGGUUGUAUAUUUUGUGUAAGAAAUAUUUGCUUAUAAUGUGAAGAAGGUUGGAUAUACAACCAAUAAGAUUAGAGUUGUAAUCCAAAGUGUGGUGAUUUAAAAUUAGUAUAAAAUGAGGAGUGUGAUGAUGGUAAUUCUAUUCCUUAUGAUGGUUGUCAUUAAUGUAAAUACUCUUGUCCUAAUUUUUGUAAGUAAUGUGAAAAAGGAAAAUGUAUUGAAUGUUUAUAACCAUAUGAAUUAAUUAAUCAAAAAUGUAUUUAUGUAUGUGAUGUGAGAGAUUAAUAAUCAAAGGGUUGUUUAUCACAAAUAGAAGAUAUAUAAACUCAAGGAUAUUAUUAACAUAUUUAAUUGAAUAAUGAUCAUAUGAGAUUAAUGUUUUCAUAAUUUUUAGAUUGUAAUCCUUUAAAUUAUGGUAUUAUGGGAUAUUAUUAUAAUUAAUGUUAGAUUUAUAAUAUUCCAUUAUGUACAAAUUAAUAAUGGAAUAUCUGUCUUGAAUGUUAAUUUGGUUAUGAAUUGACAAAAUCUAAAAAAUAAUGUGUAUCAAUAUGCAAUGAUGGAUUAAUACAAUAAUUUGAAAUAUGUGAUGAUGGCAAUAAAAUUUAAUUUGAUGGUUGUUUUUAAUGUUAAUAAAAUUAUUAAUUAGAAUGUUUAAAUUGUGUUAAUUCAAAAUGUUUACUCUGUUAAGAAGGAUGGUAUUUGAUUGAUGAAAAUUGUAUACCAUUUUGUGGAGAUGGUAUUACUGUACCAACUGAAUAAUGUGAUGACGGUAAUGAUUUGAUUGGAGAUGGAUGUUAUUAAUGUUAAUCUGAAUGUUCUAAUUGUUUACUAUGCAAUUAUUUAAAUUAAUGUUAAAUUUGUUAAGAAUACUUUCAUUCAGUCUAAGACAUCUGUAUACCUAUAUGCGGAGAUAAUUAUAUCGUACCUGGUUUAGAAUAAUGUGAAGAUGGCAAUCAACUUUAAUUUGAUGGUUGUUAUAAUUGUUAAUUAGAAUGUAAUUCUGAUUGUUAAAGAUGCUAAUAUGGACAAUGUCAUGAUCUUUGUUAAAUUGAUGAAUUAUAUAUUGAUGGAAAAUGUCUAAAACUUAAUCCUAAUGAUGUAGAUAUUUAAAAUACCAAUACUAAUUAUAAUUGUACAAAUGAAUGUUUAGAAUGUAUUCAAGGCUAAUGUCUAAAAUGUUAAUAAUAAUUUAAACUUCUAAAUGGAACAUGUUUAAAAUUUUUAUGUGGAGAUGGAGUUCUAGAACUUUCUGAAGAAUGUGAUGAUGGUAACAUUUUAAGUAACGAUGGAUGCUCCAAUUUAUGUUAAAUUGAAAGUAAUUGGAUCUGUUUUAAUAAAUAAGAAUAAAUUAAUACUUGUUAUUCAUUAACAACAUCUUAUCUUCAAUAUUUAAAUUCCACAAAUCUUUAUUAAUUUGUUUAAUUUACAUAUUCUUUAAAAGUUAGACUAAUAUCUAAUACAUUACCUCAAAAUUUUAUAAAUUAAAAUUCAUUCAAAAUUUUAGGGAUUUAAGAAGAUAAUUAUCAAAUAACAAGCAUUCCUGUAAUUCCUAUAGCUUAAAAUGAACAUAGAUAAAUAUUUUACGAUUUUAAAAUUUAAUUUUACGAAUAGAUAUAAAGCAAAGUUAAUUUUACUAUUUUCAUUAAUGAAACUAUUUUUGAUGAAAAUGAAUAAUCUGUAUCUCCUACAAAUAUUUCUAUUGAACUUAAAGCUCCUAAAGUUUUAACAUCAUUUUAAAGAGACACUUCAAAAACUUUAAAAACUAUUGGUUAUAGUUUUAUGCUUAGUAUAGGUUGCAGUAGUGUUAUUAUGAUAAUUUUAGGAAGAUUUGCUUAAACAAUAGAAUUAAUAGAUAUUCUCUAAUAUUAAUAGUAUUUAAAAUAUAUUAAUGUUGCAUAUCCUUAUAAUGUUUAAAUUUAUUUUGAAUCUUCAAAUUUUAUUAGUUUAGAACCUUUGCUAAACUAUUUAAAAUUUGAAGAUUUAUAUUAAAAUUUAAUUGAAGAUAACUUUCUAGAAAGCAUUGGUAAAUUUAAAGAAUAUGAAUUAAAUGCAGAUUUUUUAUCUAAUUUUAAUUGUUUUAUAUUUUAGCUGAGUAUUGGAGGUGCAUUUAUUUUGAUGCUUUUUAUUUAUGAAAAAUAUUUUUCAAAAUACAUUUCUUUGGAAAAAAUCUUUUCUUUUAUUAGGAAAUUUAACUGUGAUCUCUUUUAAUAAUUUUUCAUCAAUCUCUACAUAUAUAAAAAAAAUAAUUUAGAAAUAUCGAAAAUAAUUAAUAGAAAUACUUUUAUUUAAUUCUUUUAUGCAAACAGUUGGGACUUAAUGUUUAAGGUUGGAUUAUUUUUAAACUCAUAUACCAACUCUGAAUAUAGAUAAAAUAUAUCUUUAUUAAUUUGCUUUAUUUGUUUUUGGAUUAUGUUACAAAUUUUCUUUUAUGACUUUAGAAAACUUUAUAAUAAAUUAGAUAUUACUAAAGGAAAAUAAAUUUAACAUGAAAAGUUAAUUUUAUUUAAAAAGUUUUCUUUUCAUUUUUUAUUAACAUCAAUGCAAUUUCAUCCUACAGUUUAAUCUAUAUUAAUGGGAUUUUUUAUAACAUUUUACAUUACAUUAGCUCUAGGACUUAAAUUUAUAACUUCGAAAAUAGAAAUUUUGACCACAUUAUCACUAGAAAUUCCAAUAACCUUUCACUUACUAUUAAAUAUUACAUACAGUAAAGAUUUUUAAAGCUACACAACUUUUAAUUAACAAAUUUAUAUAGGUUUUUUACAAAUUGGACUCUUAGUUUUCAGCUUGAUUGGUCCUUUAGUCAAAACUGUUUAUGAAUUAUAUCAAAGUUUUUAGAAAUACAAUAACAAAAAAAGUAAAUAAGAAAUUAAAAAUAUAAUCUCAACCAAUGUUUUUGUUUAAGUAUUCUGA